UCAGGCAUCAACAGAUUCUACAUUAUUGAUGGCUAAAGUGAUUUUUCGCAAUGGAAAACAAACGCCUCCAGAAGAAAAUCAAUUAAAAGAACUUAUUGAAAAUAUCAAAUUGAAGAAACCAUUUGAAAUACGACCGUUUGAAAUGAAAGAUUUAACGGAAGAAGGUAAACUUGAUAUGUACAAUCUUGGCAUAAAAAUUAGAAGAUGGUACAAAAACAGUUUAUUCAAUAAUCAAGAUCUUCAAGACGAUAAAAUAAAAAUUGAAUCAAUAUCUCAAGAAAGUUGUAAGAAAAGUGCCUCUUUAGUUAAAGAAGGAUUAUUGAAGAAGGAAUAUAAAAAAAAUUUAACGACAAAUAAAAAUGCAAUACCUUUAGCUCAUGAUUCGAUUAGCCAAAUAUAUGGAAAUGGAACCUGUCAACCUUUUAAAGAAAUGCUUAAGGAUGUUGAACAUGACUUUCUUAAAUUCAGACCAUUUAAUAAUACAAGAGAAACAUUAGGAAAUAAUAUUGGUCUCGAAAAACCUAAAAAUCCAUAUUUAUUAUUAUCCUACGAUCCUAUAAAACCCCAAUAUAUGUGGAAAAUACAUGAAUAUUUUCAAGCACAGCGAUUUGGAGGUAAACCUUUAGAUGAUUGGUUAACUGAAUCUUUGAUGUUAGAUAUGAAAGAAAGCAGUAAAUUAUUUGUAGCAUCAUUAUUCCAAUAUACAUAUGCCAAAAAAAUAUCAGCAGGUGCCUAUACUAAUAGCAUUUUAGAAGAAUUCAGAAAAAUCAAGACCAAUCAGAAUGGACAACCUCCUCUACAAUUAUUGUGUGCUGAUGAAUUAAUAGUUGCAGCAGCCAUUGCAGUUUUAACUAAACCAGAAAAUAAUAUUUGUGGAAGUAAAUUUGACAUGGUUGUUCCAAAACAUGGCACAGCUUUGAUUGUAGAACUACAUAAAAGUCAAGAUCAGCAUUUUGUCAAAGUUUUACAUUGGAAUUCUAAUGCAGAUGAACCAAAAGAGAUAAAAUAUAAAUCUUGUCAAAAUGGAUGCACUUUUGAAAAUUUUGAGAAGAUGCUGAAGGAAACUAUUACAUCUUAUGAUGAUGAUGACUUUGAUGAGUGCGGAAUUCCAAUAUAG